CCUCGCACGUCGACAGACGAUGUUUUCGACGACGAGUAUGCCGUAGACGACUUUGACGGAGUCGCUGACGGCUUUGCCCCUGGCCGCGUCCAACCGACCAACGACCGAUGGUCAAUCCACUCCGAGGACCCUUCAAUCCGCAGCGUUCACGCACACAUGUCGGAUGCUCCUCGUUUCUCCACCGGCCCCAGCAGGAAUAGCAUGCAUAAAUCGCGAGAUGUCCAGAACCCCUUCAGCAGCACAGAGGACGACGAUGACGACAAUACUGACGAGCGUUCGGCUCUGAACCGCUCAUCAAGUAUCCAAUCCUCUUCGACUGCCCAAUAUGCUCCCGGAAUUGCCCACAGACUUAGUACCGCAUCGUCAGCCCGAGUUUAUGCUCGUACUGCGAGCCCUCCCCUCGGCACUACCGGCCCCAGCCACCCCUACUCAAUGUAUCCUCAAGAUACCAAUGUAGCCCGCACACCAUCCGUAUCUACGACCGCUUCUACCGUUCGUGCGGUUCAAUCAAACGCCAUGUCAAACCAGGGCCCUACCCACCCUUACAGCAUGUAUCCCCAAAACGUUUCUGAGCACGAGGUAGCGGACCCUGCUAGUACACCAAGCCAUGCCCAAACGAUAAUCCCAGUCGGCUUUCCCGGUAGAAGUCAAGGCUUCGUAAGAGCUCGAGGACCUGAAGAUGAAGAGCAGGACAUCAUUGGGGUCGACGGUCAUUCAGAACAACUCCCACCUUACUCUGAAUAUCCUGAGGAUGGUGUACCAAAACCAGUUGUCUCAACCGCACUACCAGCACAAACUGCUGCUUCUGCCCAUGCCACUCAAAUCCAUAUGCCUUUGAUGCAGCAACAGCGCCAACCUGAAAGCAUGUCAGACCAGUCCGCCGCUCACGGCUUUGCCGAGAUGCAACAAAUGAACUCUAUCGACUCGGAUGCUACUCCAUCAGAGAACAAGAGUUGGAGCGAGAAGUCAUGGAAAGAGAAGCGAAAGACGCGCGUCUUUGGCAUUCCCUUCUGGUGGAUACUAUUAUCUCUCUGUGUGCUUGCCUUCAUUGCUAUUGUUUUGGGUGCAGCUAUUGGUGGCAUUUUCGCAAGUGCUAGAAAGGAAGCUGUCAAGGCUACUGCCAAUCGUUAUGACGCAUCACCCAUUCCUACAUCAUCGAUAGGAGCACCACCACCAACUGGCGUUUAUGCUCUGGACUUUGGUGCGCCGAGAGCUACACAAUCGGCUUGUAUAGCCAACCAGAACUACUCGGCUGCUUGGACUUGCAACAUUUAUGGCAUACCGCAGAUGGCCAUCAACAUAGGCCUUCCACCGGAUGGAAGCAACAACGAAGGCGCCUCACUGUACGGAUUCAGCAACGCUACUGGCAUCAACUAUGGCACUCAACCCNCGAACACUCAUUUCGCUCCCUUCAUCUCCGUCGAAGAUGACGAUGAACCUUAUCGGGGCCCUGCUUUCUAUUUCCAGACCUUUUACGACAAAUUCGUAGUUGUCCCAGAGAGUUCUCUUCCCGCAAGCAACGCUGCCAACGCGCAGAAGCGUUCAACGAUCAACACUGAUUGGUUCACUCAGCACCAAGUUCAAGCUGGAGACAAGCCUACUGCUUCCCAGAAUACUGCUUACACACAAUCCGUCUCAAAUCCAUACACGCACACGCCAAAUGGACGGAAAGCAAAACGUGACUGGCACUUGGAAAAACGUACAUGGACGUUUGCUGAACUGUCUUCUUUCGGCUAUGUUGUCAAGAUCGAAGAACGUCGUGUGCCGGACAGUGUGCAACCUUACUGUCAGCAGUUCCAAAUCUUGGACAAUGGCAUGGCAGGUGGCCUCGAUGAUCCAGCUACAGGGCAGCAGAUAACAGUCUACCUGCAAGAGACUGACCCCGACUACAGCGCUUACAACCAACAGACGUACGGAGCGUCUCCGACAGGAUCGUCAAAGAUCAAGCGUGAUCCCAUAGCUGGCGCUUGCCACUGUGAAUGGUGGAGUGGAUCUUCACCUGGUUCGUAA